AUGGGCCCAACCGGUAUCCUGAUAGAAUACGAAGAUAUGUUCCCGUACGACGGCGACAUUUCAGCACUGAAUCACUUCAGCGUGCAGAACUUCAGCGAAAUCAACAUGCUCGCCGAUGUACAUCAUCUGCAGAUCAUCCCACUGGUGCAGACGUUCGGCCACAUGGAGUUCAUACUGAAACUGGAGAAGUACAGGAAUCUGCGCGUGGAGACUUGGUAUCCGCAGACAAUCUGUCUUGCUCAAUGUGCUAUCCUUGGAUCUGAUCCAGUCGAUGAUUGGUCAGGUGCUGCGUCCUCAUCCCAAGGCGAAGGCGAUUCACAUCGGAUGAGACGAAGUCUUCCACGUGGGCAGCUGCAACAGAUGUUACGACAGGAUGCUCAAGCACGGAUGGUGCUCAUAUGGAAUGAUCUGUUGAGGAAUAUCGAGCAACCGGAUCUGAAGGAGAGCGGUAUCGCCGAUUACGUGACACCAGUCGUUUGGAAGUACGUCCCGGACAUAUACACGACGUUAACGUACAUAGACCUGUACAAGUACAGCAACGUCUUUAUACUUUACCAAUGCCUCUUACCAUGCAUCUUCAUCACCAGAUGGCAACGGUACAACCAUUUCGCCGUCCUCUGCGAACUCCUCUGGCAAUGUGCUUCCGCCAAUUGGCUGGGAACAACGAUCCGCCCACGGACCCGCCCAUUGGCCUGCUCGGUAAUCCGAAGAUGGAUGAACGAGUUCAACGUGAGGCACUCGUUCUCGAACCCCGAACUUGUGGAGAGCGGCACCGCCGAUCUGGAUUGCUUAAAGGGGCAGCUGUGGGCCGUAGAGACGAACCUCUGA